CCUCCUCCUCCAGCAGCAGCAGCAGCCUCAGCAGCAGCGGGAGGAUAAGCCGCUUCACCUUCCCUCGGACAGUCUGGAGACAGAGAUGGGAGCGGGGCUAUGACACGGACACACCGGGCAGGAAGGAUGGCUCUACGCGGCCGGGAAAUGUUGUGCUUGAUCGUAACCUGCCUCUGGCUGCCGCUGCUGGCGGAGGUGGUGGCUGAGGACAGUUACCUAAACGAGGUGCAGAACUCAGUGCCUCUGUCCUGCUCUGAGGGAUUCACAGAGUUGGGCUACUACAACGGCACAGUGUCCCAGACGGACUCUGGCGCCCCCUGUCUGAAAUGGACCGAGUUUCCGGACUACGUUAUGCAGUACCCGGGCCGAGGACUGGGCGACCACAGCUACUGCAGGAACCCGGACCGAGAGUCCAACCCCUGGUGUUUCUUCAGACAGAACUCUGGAGCCAUUGGAUGGGCGUACUGCGACUGCCACCAGGGUGCCGCUCGUCUGGUCGGCAGCUUGUUGUCUGGCACUGGGCGGGUUGAGGUGUACCUGAACGGCCAGUGGGGGGCAGUGUGUGACUCUCACUGGUCGGACCGAGACGCCAGCGUGAUCUGCAAGCAGCUGGGUCUGGGUGACAUCGGCACAGCGCUGCAGCACUCUCAGUUCGGCUCGGGCUCCGGCCUCUUUCACUACGAGCGUCUGGGUUGCCGCGGGGACGAGGACACCCUGAGCCGGUGCCGGAGCAGGACGUUCGUCACCGGUGACUGUAGCCAUGGCAACGAGGCGGCUGUGCUGUGCGCGCCACCAGAAGGCAGUGGUCCUCCGCUGCGUUUGGUCGGAGGCGAGGAAGACUUCGAAGGUCGAGUGGAGGUGUUCCACACUGGAAGGUGGGGCUCGGUCUGCGAUGACCAAUGGGACGACAGAGAUGCUGAGGUGGUGUGCAGGCAGCUGGGUUUCGGGGGCGUAGCGAAGGCCUGGUCGUGGGCUCACUUCGGUCAGGGCUCAGGCCCGAUCCAGCUUGACGCCGUGAAGUGCACAGGAAACGAGCUGUUCCUGGAUCAGUGUCCCCACGGCGACUGGGAGCAACACAACUGUGACCACAUGGAGGAUGCUGGGGUCUCCUGCAGCCCUUACACUGACGGCGUGGUGCGUCUGGUGGGAGGAGACAGUCCCUGGGAGGGGCGAGUCGAAGUGUUACACAACGGCGACUGGGGGACGGUGUGCGACGACCACUGGAGCCAGCAGCACGCGGAGGUGGUCUGCAGACAGCUGGGCUACAGGGGUCACGCGGAGGUCGUGUCCGACGGCACCUUCGGGGAGGGUGUGGGUCUGAUCCUGCUGGACGACGUGCACUGUGAGGGAUCCGAGACCUCCCUGCUCGACUGCCCGCACGGGAUCUGGGGGCGGACCGACUGCUCUCACGGCGAGGACGUCGGGGUUCGAUGCCGGGGCCGAUUCGGCCUCGAGACCAACGAGGUGCCGGUUAUCUCCCCUUCCACAGGUCCCCUGGUACGUCUCGUGGGGGGCAGCAGCCGAAAGGAGGGUCGAGUGGAGGUGUACCUCCAUGGUGACUGGGGGAGUAUCUGCGACUCGGGCUGGAAUGACCUGAACGCAGCUGUGGUGUGCAGGCAGCUGGGACACAGUGGUGGAGCCGUCGCAACAGGAGGGUUCGGUCAGGGGAAAGGCCCCAUUCACCUGGACCGGGUGAGGUGCACGGGGAAGGAGGAGUUCCUGGGAGAGUGUCCCUCCCUGGGUCAGAGCUUCCAGGGCUGCAGACGCAGGGACGACGCCGGGGUGAGCUGUGACGUGGCGCCGCGGGAGGCGCCAGCGCAGCCCAAGCCUCAGGAGCCGAGCUGUGGGCUGAGGAAGCUGGUGGAGGAGGAGAGCAAGAGGAGGAGCCGAGGAGAGGAGAACAUGCACACGACCACGUGGCCAUGGCAGGUGUCCGUGUGGCUUCAGUCCCAAGAGAAAGAUGGCGGUCCUCUCUGCAGCGGCACUCUGAUCAGCCCCUGCUGGGCGCUGACCUCUGCUCACUGUGUCAGCAGGUUCGGCAGCGACCCCUCCCAGUACGUGGUGCGUGUCGGGGCGUCCAAGCAGACCCUCACGCCGGAGCAGGUGGUCGUUCACCGGAAGUACAAGGGUCAGAGCGGGGGUCAUGACCUGGCUUUGUUGAAGCUACCCAGCGCCAAGGGUCACUGUCUGACCUUUGACACUGACACGAACGCCGCGUGCCUUCCUGCCGCUGAUUCGGGUUCAGGGGGAAACGGUCCAUCCUCUUGUGUCGUCAUGGUCACCGCUGGAUGGACAGGGCCAGACUCCGUGCUCGCAUCCUGGGUCCCUCUGAUGUCGUCCUGGCAAUGUAAGAAGCGCUAUGGCGACAGUUUCUCCAGCCACGGCACGCUGUGCGCUGGCAGCCCUCCAGACACCAGCCUCCUCCACGGCAGCAGUUGUCAGGGCAACUCCGGAGGCGGGCUGGUGUGUCAGCGCGAGGCCGGGCGCUGGGUCCUCACCGGGGUCGUGGCCGGGGGCUUCAGCUGCGCCGAGCCUUCCUCCCCGGCGCUCUACACUCGGGUCAGCCGCUUCAGGGGCUGGAUCGACGAGGUCCUCAACGUGACGCAGCAUCCGGAGGAGCCGCAGACACACACGCAGACGCACACGCAGACACAAGAAGAUCAGACACACAACGAUGUAACGCACACAGCACAUGAAGGACACACAAAGGGCGAGGGCGAAGACAUAUACCUACACAUGCACGAUCAACAGCAGACAAAUGAAAUCGGUGAGAUCAAGCAGAAACACGCACACGCUCAUUCGCACACCGGUCAGCACGGUAACACACACGCCAAGAGCCCACACGCCCGCCAUGAAGCAGACACAAACACACAAAUCCUGGUCUGAUUGAGGCCGCGCCAUUGGCUUACCAUCUGUGCCAUGUGACCGCCUGAGGAGGAGGAGGAGGAGGAGGAGAAGGAGGAGGGUUAAAGGAAGAUGAUGUAGAAAGAUGCUCUUAACUUAAAAAGUAAAAAAAACGGCCUUGUCUGUUCUAAUUUCAGAUUUGACCUCAGUGUUUGCCGCUGCUUGUCGUCAAACGGUCACAGCGACCUCUCAAAGCGCUUCACAGUCUCUUGACAUUCGGUGUGAACAGACACAAAAUGAUGACGGCAGUGUGUGUGGGUGACGUCUGGUGUUUAACAUCGUCAGAACAGCGGCUGUUCUGCCCGCAGCGUGCUGAUGAGGGCUAACACUGAUACUGAAAAUCAAAAAAUCAGCAUGGCAUGUAUUUUAAGGACUCUAGCGCUGGCAUAAGAACGUCCGAGGGACAUUUCUGAGAUGGUCAUUCAAGAAUCUCUGCUAAAAUUAACCUCUUACUGUGCGUCUUCAUCGGUGAACUGAUUUCCACAGACUAACUAACCAUCAGAGCAUCUAUAGCAUAAAAGGCUAACUGCAUAUCACCAGUGUCCCUCUGAGAUCAUUCAUGUAGAUAAACUCCUGCAGCAGAUGAGGAUUGUCCUGAUGGAGAAAAAAUAAUCCGGCGUGGAAGAUUUUGUGUAUCAUAAAGAGGGCUCCUCUCUUCAGGCUGAUGUCUUUUACCUUUACUGGUGCAAGUGCUGUUGUUUAUUUAGACCCACGACUAAGCUACUGUAUUUAACCAGGGACCACACCAGUGAUUCGGCAGGUUUGUGUGUUUUUAUUAUCAGUGAUUUAGAUUUAACACUGCUUCUGACAGUCCUGAAAGCCAAGCAGCAGAUAAUAGUGACAUGAAAUAGCUCAUUCCUCUGGUUUUUAUUUUGAAAACUGUUGUUCCCAAUUCCAAUUUUUAUUGGAAAUUAAAACCCUGAGGGUAAAUCAAUACAGGAAGCAACUGGGAGAUCAAGAAUAAUGAAAACACAUUUCAGAGGUAAUAGAAGGGAAUGAAACCUUAAGGUGAGGUAGUUCAUAUCCAAAGUCAAUUAUUGUGCCAGAUAUUCCUGCAAAGUUACGACAACGAAGAAGAAAGGUAUUUUAAAAAGUCACAAGUCACAAAACUACUCAAAACUCACCUUGUUAGAACUGAUUUAAAUAU